AACUCUAUCGUUGAUGUUUGUGUUUCAUUUCCACUUCAGAUUUAUUUUAUUUUUUGUCAUUUUUUAAAUCUCAUUUGAUGGAUUGAGAUUUGAGAAUAAGGCAAAGGCAUAGAUAUGGACAAUGACAUAUAAGCCGUGGUAGGGAAAGGGGAAAGGGGAAAGGGGAAAGGGGAAAAGUCUUGGGUUUUUCUUCCCAUUGAUAUAUAUGAGCAGAUUUCUGAGGAAGCAUUGCUCUUGUAGUACGUAUUUUUUUUUUCCUUGAUAAAGGUAUUCAACCGUAUCUAUUUCAGAGUCCACAAAUUAAUCACUUGGAGUUUGUAGCUGCCUCUUCCAAUAAUGCCGUACCCAAUGAUGGAAUCUAGAUUCUCUCCUUGGGAGUAUAGCCAAAGAUUUUGCUCCAGAUUCCUGAAGUAUGUUACCUCCCUGUUUCAUCAUUGGAAUGGGCCAUUUCUGAGGGGAAAGGCAGAGUGUGUGUGCCGGACUAGGAAGGGCCCUGCAGUUGCAAAUUGCUUACAUGUUCUGGUUUCUCGGCAUGAAUCAUUCAUGGUUAUGGAACAGCUGAACACAGCAUAUGACAAACUAACUUUGAAACAACCUUAUGGAUCCCAUAAAAUAUCAGAGCAUCUUCCUGAACAUCCUUUUGAAGAUAUAGCAGAUUGGAAAGGAACUUGAUUCAUGCCCGUGUUCAUUCUCUUGGUGGAACUUGAACAUUCAGGUAAGCAUUUGUCAUCCUAGCAUUGAAUUUGAAGUCCAUCAGUACAAAAAUUUAAACUAAAGUUUUUCAAGUUUCAACACCAAAAGUACAAGGGGCUUUGCACUAUAGUUAGCUUAGUACUAAUCUAGAAUUUCCAAGGAAUUCUUGUUAUACACUUGUUCAAAUCCUCCACUCUUUUUUAGAAUUAUUGAUAUUGAAUCAAUUGAAUGUACUUCUAAACACUUAUUCCACUUUUGAAAGACUCUUAUAACUUGGUGGUUCAUCUUUUGCCAUGCAUAAAUUUUUACAAAUAAAACGUCUUAAGCUAAUUACUAUGAAUCUUUUUUUUAUUGCAUGAGUCGUGAUUAAUAAUUUUUAUUUAUCAUUAAUGUUUACUUUUCCUUUGCGCCCCCUAGCCUCCUAACUCUUCAUCAGCCAA